AAACAAGUGGAAAUGCAGCAAUCGGAGAAUGUUUGCGAAGAGGACUCGACGGCGGUGGAUGUUCAGUUUAAUGCUUUACCAAACGCCCUUGUUGCAUACAAUGUCUCAGAGGAAUUAUUUAACGACGGACGUCUGAAGGUUGCCGCAGAGCUGAGGGAUCAUUAAUAAAGCAGAUGGACGCUUGAUCUGGCAGGACUGUGGAAUCUACCUUUGGCAUAGGUUUCUAGGACACAGUGGUGUGAAGACAGUGGAAGCUAGCAGCAAAAGGUUUCAGCCAAAAACCAAACCUCUCUCUUUUCCUGCUUUGGGGCAUCAGAUCACCUACCACUCACCUGUCACCCUGGGGAAGACAACACUUACCCGACCUCCCCAUUUCUUUCCUUCCUCUUCAUCGCCCCCUCAGUUGCCUUUCAAGGGUCUCUCAGCAACCCUGAAUUCAAGAAUUGAGUGGAAAAGGUUUUGGCAUUCCUUGUUGCCUGUCAUGCACAUCAAGACCACCAAGUGUAACCACUUAUGUCUAGUUGCCUCAGUGACCAAUCGGGAAGUGUUCAAUCAUCCUGAUGCGCAGGCCAGCUUUGAGGCUUUAUUCCAUUCUUUUGACCCAGAAGCUCAGUUCCAGUACUUCAAGUCCUUCCGUCGGGUCAGGGUUAAUUUCAGCGACGCGCUGGCUGCAGCAGAGGCGAGACUGCGACUGCACAAAACUAAUUUCAAUGGCAAAGAGAUGCGCCUCUACUUUGCCCAGUCUGUCCACAUUGGGAGUCCUAGACUUGAGCCUCCAAAGCCAGAGAAGCAGUUUCUCAUCUCACCCCCCGCCUCGCCUCCAGUGGGCUGGGAGCAGUCUCAGGAUGCCAUGCCUGUUGUCAACUAUGACCUGCUUUGUGCCAUCUCGAAGCUAGGACCAGGGGACAAAUACGAGCUCCACACAGCCACGCCCACCACACCCAGCGUCGUCGUCCAUGUUUGCAAAGAAGAGCUCGGUGAAACCUUGGCUCAGGAUGACAACAACCCGGACGACAUGGCACGGCCCUCACGACCGAAGAUCGUCCAGACGCGCCGCCCUGACUACACACAUAGUGUCGAGCAGUUAGCAUCACUGGAGUGAAAGCUGUUUUUUUAACAUCCCCGUGAUGUAAUUCAUACAGCGUAGAUGAUGGGCUCUCUAAGGUUUGCUCUCUGAAUUUGGGAAGGUACCUACCUUGGAGGGGCUGCAUUGUCCCGUUGGCAAGGAGACGAACUUAGAAUCAGAUGCUGUAUUUGUGUCCUUUGGCAAAGAUUGGAACUUUUUGGGGGAGGAAGUUUAGGUGUAUAACUUCCCACUAUUUAGAGGUUUUGGGAUGAUGGAAUACUAGUUUUGAAGUGUGUAAAUUAUUAUCUUCAUACUUCAUAUUAUGGUUGGAUACUAUGUUGAUGGAUUUGUUAGAUGUGCUAUUACUAACGUGCAUGAGAGAAAAUUGUAGUUGAUAAAAGAUUCCCAUGUGACAUAAAUGCAGCAUCAUUCUUACAAGCAUCACUCAAGUUUUGUUUGGGGGGGGGGUAGGCUCCUCAAUAAAAUAAAGCUAUAUAUUACGCACCACUAAAUGUAAGACUUCUGUGGUGGUAAUUUAAGAGGGUGUGUGUGACAUCACAUCUUUGCUAUUGUAACUGUUUUGUGUGGUGUGUGUAUAUUCAACGUGUACUGCUUUACAUUCUAAUACUGCUCUGAAAUGAGAAUGUAAUAUUCACUCCGUUCUUCCUGUUGUCAUUUCUACUUUAAGUGAGGGACGGAAAGUGUCUUUUCUUCUUCUUCUGGUAAACUAGCAAGGAAUUGUUAGAAUUGUUCUGAGUUUCAUUAAUUUAUAGAACUGCCCAUGUCUGACAGACCCAGCAAGGCAUUUUUCCAUCUGUGCUAUGUGGUAACAGGGUGCUUUGGCCUGUUCCAGCCGAGGAAAAAAAAAAAAAAAAGUCUAAAACUGGGCCACCCUUCUAGUCAGAGUUUGGCGUCAUAUAUGAUGUGCAAGAAUUGUAUUCUGAUCUAGAAAUUACUGUUGCUGAGCCUAAAAGCCAAUAAAAUUAAUGAAAUGAG